CAAUCUACCCCUUUGUUAAAUCACCUUCAUCCAAACUAAUAAACUAUAACAUUCGACUUGCAACUAUUUAUAAAGUUAAGUUUUUUAUAUGUGCAAAAUAUCUCUCACCUUGAACUCAUUAGAAUAAGUUGUCUGCAUUCCGGUAAUGGUAUGAAUUUAAGGUGUUAUGAACAGAUUUGUGAGUUUUUUUUGUAAACAAAUAAUGUAAACCUACAAACUAUAAGGUUGAACCGAUCGAAACCGUACGAUAAAAAAAAAAUUAUAGCUCGAUGAUGUUUAAAUUCCAUUGAUCAUGAAGGAAAAAAAAAGUUUGUAGCAUGGAACUCAUUGACAGUGUAAGAAAAUCAAGGCCAGCGACUGAGCCUUGAAAAACCUCAAUCCGAUUUUGAUGAUUUAAACAUUAGGGAAUCUGCUUGGUAUACAUUUGAUUCGUCGAUGCAAGAUUAUGUCAUAGCAUGCAUAAGAAAUCCUCUCAAGAAAGGACAGAAUGUUGCUGGCAAAACAUAUUGAAUUCUGUGUGCGAGUUUCAUAACUUGGGCUUCGAGCUGCUAUGGCAGUCAGGCUAAAGUGUAAGUCUGUUGGUGAAAUUGAGUAUGUGGCAGAAGUUUUUCAAAACUUGAAAGAUAGUGUGGAACAGAAUAAUUUGAUCAAUGACAUCAUAUCGAGUUUGCAUUCGAAGUGCGAGAAUUCAGGGACCGUGGAGUUGCAGAUACAGGUGUGCCUCUUUAUUUGUGUCGUGCUCUUUCUUAUGAAAGCACUCCUGUACUAAAAUUUGGCCUGCUAGAAGAACUUCAGUGACCUUUGUGUUUUGUACGCUGCCCGUGCUUUAGCAUUUGGUCCAGGUUCAAUCUGCAGGUGGAUUCAUCUUCAUUUCUAAAUUCUUAUAUUGGUGUGAUUACUUUGUUGUAAUUCAGGCGGAUCCAAAGCUCAAUCUGUCUGAGGAAGUUGAAGCAUCACAAAUUCCAUCAGUGGCUGUUUCUAAGAGCUCUUUUCCAAAUGUUGGUUUAAAUUUAAAAGAAAAGAUCCAAAAUAACAGGGUAGAAACAGAUGAGCCUCAUGAACAGGCAACAGUGACGGAAUGUUAAUUAUUUGAACCUGAGACCCUGUCCUCUGUUGGGUCUCAUGAAGCAGAGUUGCCAAACAUCUGACCUUUGGCUGUUUUUGAGAGCCCUUCACUAUAUUCAAACAGAAUGAUAACAAAUGAGCCUAAUGAACACUUUAGAAAUCAGGUGGGAGAAACGCACGAUACGCAGCAGAGCAAGAGGAUUAAUAAAACAAGAAAAAAUGAAUCUUCAGCUUGGGAGUUUUACAUUAAGGUUUCAGAAAAUGGUAAGACAUCAUAUGCCAUAUGCCCAGUUUGCAACAUAAAGCUCGGUGCUAAAUUAAGGAAUGGAACUACAACCCUACUCAUACACGGUUGUUUUAAAGAAUGGAAGAAAAAUGAAAGACAACAGUCAGUUUCUAAUGUCAAGUCUAGUGCUAAAGCAAACCCAAAAAACAAGGCUUCACAAAAGAUUGGAGCUGGUGCUCCUCCACAAGCAAAGAGGAGAAAGCUGGUUUGCAAAAGUAGGAGAGGAAAGAGGAAGAAGAAACUUCUAGUGCUUGCAUCGGUCAAGCAGCAGUUUCUGGUCUCGCUCAUGACCAAGAACAAGAAGAUUAUACUGCAAAAGAAACACCUGGAAGAGGUCUCAAUGAUCAGGAGCAUCAUCUCGUAUCUAGCAGUAAUAUUGAGCCGCUACCAACUGAAACUCAAAGUUCUGGCCAACAAGCCAAUAAUAUGGCCAUUGAUGGUACUGGAGGUGUUCCUCAAGUUCAAUGCACUCAGAUGGAGCUUACUGCAGAAGGCAACUCCAUCCAGCACAAGCCUUGUACAACUCUUCUUUCAAACUAGCACUUUGUUAAAGUUUCUUCUGCUUUCCAUGUUCCAGAUGGUAAUCUGGAUUCAAGCACAACUUCUACUAACGCAACCACUUCUGAUUUUGCAGUUCUUUCUGCUGCAUCUGAACUUCAGAGCUUUUUGUCUCAGUCACCCCGAGUGUUGCUUUCUCCUACUGAAAAUGAUAGGUUCUGCUCCCUUCUAAAUGCUGAAAUCAAUGCCGCCAGUUACGAAUGGGAGAAGCAUCCCAUGAGAGAGCUCUUGGCUGAAGUACAUAGGCUCAAGGAGGCAAUUACUAGUUGCCCUUUUAGUUCACGACCAGAAACAGUGCCCCUGCAAGGACACGAGAAUUUGGACUGAGAAAUCUCCCAAUCUGCUAUAUUACGCUCUAACUUAGAAGCGGAAAUUACCUCACUGAAAGAUCAAGCUGCCCAACUGGAAGAGCAACUGAAGGCCAUAAAUGAACAGAGAACACAAAAAGAACUAGAGCUUUCUACAUUAGAAAAAGAUGAUGCUGUUAUGCAGACUCGUGCACUGCAAAGCUGUCAAGCCACUACUCAGAGGCUUAAGAUUGACAAUAUAGUAGCUGGAAUGACUGCUUUGUUUGAUUUUGUAAAAUCAGUACUUCCAAAGCCCUGAUUUUACAUUUGCACUCCACGACUUUAUGUUAAUAACAAAUUCACUUGAGACCAUUUGUAACCAAAUCUUCAUUUGAUCUUGAGUUGAGUUUACCAAGAUAUGAUCGACUGCUAGAUGAACACAUUCUUGAUCGAUGGAAUAUUUAUUGAUAAGUAGUAAAUGUUCUGCUA